AUGGGUACUGGCUUUGAUGCGAAAAACCUCUCUACAAAAGUACUUGAGACUAUUUUUUGUACAUGCAAAAAUCUAAAACAUCUUGAUAUUCCACGAGGUCCUUAUGAUUUAGCUAAGAUUCCUCUCAAGAAAUGGAUGAAUUUUCAAAAUUUGGAAUAUCUUGGAAUUUUUUGUAAUGAAAUGCCUGACGUAGCAAAUACAAUUGUUAAUUAUUGCAAGAAUUUAAAACAUUUGGAAAUAAAAAGUUUCUUUAUGAUGGAUACUCGCUUAGAAAUUGAUGAAUGCAUUAUAGAACCAGCUGUUGAUGGUGGGCCAUUUUCUUCUCGAUCUGUUCUUCAUAAAUUAUCAAAAUUACAAUAUCUUGAACAUCUAUGUUUGUGUACGAUAUUAGAGCUUGAAGAUAGUACAAUCAUUGCUGUUGCUAAUAAUUGUAAAUACCUAAAAAGUUUAGAUAUCCAAGCUUGCUAUGAUAUUACUGAAACAGCUCUCGCUGCUUUAACAAAUCUAGAAAAUUUAGAAAAAUUAGUUGUAAGUUUUCUCGAUAUAAUUACAGACAGCUUCCUUAUCAAAUUGAAGGGAUUAAAAGAAUUUCAUUGUGAACAAUGCGACAAAAUUACUGAUGCUGGUAUCAUUCAAUUUAUAAAAAAUAAUCCAGAUCUUGAAAUUCUUAAUGUCUAUUCUGCUGACAAUAUAACAAUUAACAUGAUUAUUGCUGCUGAUCAGGCAACUGAAAACCGUACAAAUGGUAUUAUUUUACACAUAAAUGUAGAUAAACGGUUAAUGAAAAGAGUUUAUAAUUCUAAUAAGUCAAUAAUUACAUCUCAAUGGUUAGUUGUUGAUAAACUUUAUUAA